ACUUCCCCGGGAGGGUGAAGUGAUCUGAGUUCUGCAAGCUGGGAGCGCGCCGCCGCCAGCCAGCCGGUCGGCGAAGACCAGGAGACGUUGCCUUUAAGAGCGAACGCCGCAUCCCUUUAACGGAGCGUAAGGUGAAGAUGGCGAUAGUGGCGGCGUCGCGGUGAUGGGCGAGCAGGCUCCGGACCCGAGCCGGUGUGGAGUGGCCGUCGGCUCUCGGGGCUGAGCUCGCUCCUCGCAUCCGUACCAUGUUCAGCAAGUAUUUCCUGAUGGGCCUCCACAACUUCGUGUGGUUCGCCGUGAAGGUGUGGAGCGUGUGUGUGGAGGCGGCGCGGAGGCAACUCCGCUCGAUAAUCCAAUACCAGACAGUGCGCUAUGACAUUUUGCCUCUAUCUCCUCUUUCCCGCAUCAGAAUAAAUCAAAUGAAAAGGAAGAUUCUGGUUUUGGAUUUAGAUGAAACAUUAAUACAUUCGCAUCAUGAUGGAGUCUUGAAGCCAACAGUGAGGCCAGGUACACCGCCAGACUUCAUGCUGAAGGUUCUUGUUGAUAGACAACCAAUCAGAUUUUUUGUACAUAAAAGGCCUCAUGUGGACUUCUUUCUAGAAGUGGCCAGCCAAUGGUACGAGUUGGUGAUUUUCACUGCUAGUAUGGAGAUUUAUGGUGCGGCUGUAGCAGACAAACUAGACAACAACAAGAAAAUAUUAAACCGACGCUACUACAGACAACAUUGUACACUUGAAUUGGGCAGCUAUGUGAAAGAUCUUGCAGCCAUUCACAACGACCUCUCCAGCAUUGUAAUAUUAGAUAAUUCACCAAGUGCAUACAGAGGGCAUCCAGAUAAUGCUAUUCCUAUCAAAUCCUGGUUCAGUGAUCCUGGAGAUACAGCUUUAUUAAACCUUUUACCUAUGCUUGAUGCAUUAAGGUUCACGUCAGAUGUCCGGUCCGUCCUCAGUCGGAAUUUGCAUCAACACAGGCUAUGGUGACAUUGAAUAAGGUUUCUGCUUAUGGUCACUUGAGGCAUUCCUUGUUAUGCCCUUUAUGAUUUGAGCGUGGCAAAAACUGCACUCCAGGGAGGGGAUCUGAGUUUGCAUGAAGUGAAACAACCUCAGUGGAACAGUCAAGACAACCUGGUUUACUUCUGUGUCAUCAGAUCUAUGUGUGAAUUUUGCACUUGUUAAAUUCAAUGGUGAAAUGGUGCAUCAUAUGAUACAUUGUAUCUUUCGUUUAUAAAAAUGAUAUUUUUGAGCUCAGUUCUGCUCUGGUUGGUAAUUUUUUUUUCUCUUUUAAAGACUAUUCUGCCUUUUAGGAUUAGAUAAUGUUUUUAAAGAAAGUACAAAUGAAUUUCACUCCAAAAGAAACAAGGUGUUCAGGCUGCUGCUUCUUUAAAGAGGAAGCAGUUUCACUGUCAUUCUUCUCCGUCCUUCUAUGUGAUGCCAAUUUUCACUGAAAUUUGACUAGGAAAAGCAAUCCUAAUCCUGACCCUGUUAAUGGUGCUAAACCACAAAUCUAAAUCAAGGUAUGGUUUGCAUUUAGAUUUAUUUUUCAGCUGGUCCCUAAUCUGAAUAAUUGUCAAUGCUGCUUUUAUCAAAAGUAUUAAUAAUUUCAUAUCAAAUGAAUAAAAUCUCAUCUAUAGUACAAUUGUGGAUGAUUUGUAUCAUAUUUAUGGCCUUCAGGGGCACAGAUUAAUUAUAAUAUACUUAAAAUUUAUUUUUCAGUAAUUAAUGACAGUGGUAGUUUUCCUUAAACUUGUAUUUGAGGGAGAUGGGAGUAACAAGUGAAGGCGGGAUCUGUUGUCAAUUGAAUGUUUAGCUGACAUUCAUUGUCUUGGGUUGCACAAAGUAUUGUUCAUUGAAGGAAUCUUGUAGAGAAUAUUGGAAUUUGAACUAAUUUGUUUUACUGCAAUCACAUUGUAAAGCACUUUACUCCAAGUAAAAUUGUACAGCUGGUAAGAACCCUCUUUGUCAGGUAACAAACUCUCCAUUCAGAUAGCGUUGUAAAUGCCCUUGAUUCCCUUGCUUUUGUAUGUCAGUGUCUUGUAAAUCCAAUCAGAAAAGCUUCACGUCUAGCGGUGGGUAAAGUGAUAACAGAUACAUGUAGCAAAGGAACACAAAGUGCUUCAAGUCAGUAAGGGCAAAGACUUUUGACGGCUGAAGACAGGAAUCAAUAAUGUAUUCAUUGCACUCUGACUUCAAUGUUUUUAUACAUGUAUAUAAAUGCAUAGAACUUCUAGUUCACGAAGUAGCCUUUUGAUUUUAUAUGCCACUGUUGGUGAUAGUCCCAUCCCAGGUUGAUAGUAUUGACCUUUGGCCUAAGGCGGUUCCUGGGGGUAAGGAGUUAAUCUGGUUUUGGUAUAAUAGGCUGAACCCAGGAAAGGCUGAGAUCACAUAAAUGUUGUAUGCUGGCUGGUUUAAAGGUUUUGUUCCUUCCUGGUCAAUGUUUGGUGCUGGAUAUGAUGAAUUAUUUUGUACUUGUCUCUGAGAUUGAAGCUGUGAGAAAUGAGGGAUUUACAAUAGUUAUCUAGCCUUUCAUUACUAAACAAUUCAAACUGCAAAUGUGACAAAUGCCAAAAUUAAAGUAGAAAAUGCUGGACACACUGAACAGGUUAACAAGCAUCUGGGAAAAGAGGAAUAGAGUUAAUUUUUCCUGUUGGCAACCCCUUUUUCUAAGACUUGAACCAUUAACUUUUGUUUCUUUUUCUAUAGGUGCUGCCUAGCCUAGUGGGUGUUUCCAGCAUUUUCAUAUGGCCUUUCGUUGAGUUUAAUCCUUUGUGCAUGAAUUGUGUCCCAGAGCACAAAAGUGCAUUUUCCCUCAACAUCAUUUAUCAACUACUGUAUAUUUUCAAUACACAACAAGAGAAAAUCUGCAGAUGCUGGAAAUGCAAGCAACACACACAAAAUGCUGGUAUUUGCCCAUGCAAGCAGAACAAGUGCUACACCUGCCCCUAUACCUCCUCCCCCACUACCAUUCAAGGCUCCAAACAGUUCAUCCAGAUGAGGCAACACUUCACCUGUGAGUCUGCUGGGGUUAUAUACUGUGUCUGGUGCUCCAGGUGUGGCCUCCUGUAUAUCAGUGAGACCCGGCGUAGAUUGGGAGACCCACCUGCACUCCGUUUGCCAGAAGAAAUGGGACCUCCCAGUGGCCACCCAUUUUAAUUCCACUUCCCAUUCCAAUAUGUCAAUUCAGAGCCUCCUCAACUGUCGCGAUGAGGCCACACUCAGAUUGGAGGAACACCUUGUAUUCUGUCUGGGUAGCAUCCAACCUGAUGGCAUGAAUGUUGAUUUCUGGAACUUCCAGUAAUGGCUCAUCCCAGUCUCCUUCACCAUUCCCCAUCCCCUUUUCCCUCUCACCUUAUUUCCUUGCCUGCGCAUCACCUCUAUCUGGUGAUCCUCCCUCCAUUUCUUUCUUUUAUGGCCUUCUGUUCUCUCCUAUGGGCUCCCACUUCUCUCGCUCUGUAUCUUCCACCAAUAAAUUUCCCAGCUCUUUACUUCAUCCGUCCCCCUUCUGGUUUCACCUAUCACCUUGUGUUUCUCUCUCCCCUCCCCCCCCCACCUUUUAAAUCUACUCUCAUCUUUUUUUCUCCAGUCCUUCUGAAGGGUCUUGGCCCAAAACGUUGACUGUACUCUUUUCCAUUGAUGCUGCCUGGCCUGAUGAGUUCCUCCAGCAUUUUGUGUGUGUUGCUAUGUUUUCAACAAUUUAAUUUGCUCAGGCUUUCAAAACUGGGAGUAAUUUGUGCACCUUUUGAAAAGACAUCAGUCAUUAGAUUUUUCAGUGACAUUUUUGAUUUUUUUUUUUGGAAUUUUAAGCUGCAUUUCAUAAAGGGUAUUUUAAAAAGAUCCAUUUUCAGGGUGUGAUAGCAAUUCCAAAGCCAGAAUGCAUCUUAUACUUACGUGCUUUUAUAAUCAAAAUUCUUUUUACCAUCUGUACUUUCUGGAUUUAAUUUUAAACCGCACAGGUGGCAUUCAGAACUGGUGAUGGAGGGUUGUGGGUGCAAAGGGGAAGUGGCACUGUAAUGGGUUUGACCAACUGCAGUUUCAGGCACAAGAAUAAUCUUGAGUUUUUGAAAAUACCUUUCAGGGUUUGACGUGAUUAAUGUCCAAGCCCACAAAAAACAGUAGUCAGUGUCGGAAAGGGGGCUAGAAUACAAUUUGCUUUAUUAAGUGAGGCAUUGCAGCUGGCUCUACAAGGAAGCUUUGAAUCUUCCUUGCUAUUUCCCAUCCCUCUUCGUAGACCACAGUGCUCCACAGGAGUUGUUUUUACCUUGCACAACCGAGCAGCAUUUUUCUGCUUUCUGUUAGUAACUGCAUAAUUUUAGUUGGCAUAUUAAUUGCAAAUGAGGCUUGAUUGAUUAAAAUCUACUAAAUUGGCCUUUUGCAUGUGCCAGAUUGCAUUCUUGCCCUAGAGUUAAAUAAGUUCAAAAUAUUAAUAACUGGAUUGAAGUAGUUUAACAUAUUCCAAACUGGAUUGAGGUACUUUGUGCCACAAAUGCUCGAAUGGGAGGAUGCUAUGUAAAUACAGGAGUCUUCAGGGGAUGAAUCUGCAUCCAGUGCUUAAGUAGCACCAAAACCGAGAUUCUGUAGUUUUCAAUCCAUUGUAUUGAUCAAUGUAAAUUAGUUAUAUAGGGUGUUUUUAUGUUGGAUUCAAACAGCAGGUGAAUUAGUGCAUUGUUCAAUGUCUCCUAAUUGAUGUGCUACUUUCAGUGUUUUUAAUUCAAAAGCAGCACUGAGCAUGUGGAGCUGUGUAUAGUGACAGUGAAUACUAGCUGUGCUUCAUUGGACUUGAGCCGUACCAAUUUUAUAAAUUGAUUUUGAUAGCUGAAAGUGCUAAUCGUCUUUUUGUAUUUGAGUAUUUAUAAUUGAAGAACAUAGAUGUAACUCUGACCUAAAUCAGGAUUAAAGAGCAGCUCUGCAAUCUUGCACAAUUAACAGAACACUUUGUAUGAAUUGCCAUUGAGCACCAUUUGACCAUUCAGGAGCAAUAUACAUCCAAAGCCCAAUGAUAGCCCAAAACAUGGUCUGAAAGAGAUUUGCCAUCUUAGAAUAUCACUUUAAUAGGUGCCAGCAUUUAUAGAAGUUUAGCUCCAUCUCUUUAAACCAUCAGGAUUCAAUUCCUAGGGCUGUGCACUUGGCUGGGUGGAUUCUUGAGGAGUCAAUCUACUUUUAAUAAUGACUUUCCAAGGAUCCAUUAAAACAUUUCUUAAGUGAGAUUAAGACUUAAUUGAAUUAGAGGCUCAAGUGCCUCUAGUCUGUAUCUCUUUGUGGUAAUGUUUCCCCAGAUAAGAUUAAGUGGGUAAAUGCAUAGUCUGCAUCGGUAUUUCCACACACCAGGAAUAGCACCCAUUCAGGCUGAUCCUAGUCAGAGGUGCUUUAAUUUUACCUUCAUCAGCACUGGUGUUGGAAAGGGAGAAUGGUCCAGAUCCUGAUGAUUCAUUUUGUGGAUGGUGCACACUUGGAUGGAUAUUGAGGUUGUGGUUCAUUAUUGUUCCUCCUUAACUCAUUUGAAAGUUAGUUGCUGGCACCUGUAAAUACUAACUGUAAUAAAAGUGAAAGAUGAGGCUAAUGGAUGUAGGGUAGGUAGGAUGGAGCUUGACUUUCUCAUAAAGCUCCCCUGAUGCUAGCAAGCUAAUGUAUUGUCUGCCACUAAUGUUACCAGUUGACAGUUGGAAAAAUGAAUUGGCUGUAGAUGGUACUCAAAGUGCAUGUAUCAUUGUUUUUUAAAAAGUUUAAUAAUUUGAGUGAAUCUAAAGCUGUAACUUGUAUUUUCCAUUGACAAUUCACUUUCUUUGUAUAAGAAGUAUAGUAAACAUUUCUAUGCUGGAACGGUAUUGUAGAUAAAACUUAAAUUAUUUCUAUUAGUAACUUUGAAAAUUCAUUGCAGGACUCAACCUUGUUCCAGUAACAUUUGAAAUUUGUAUUGCAAAGAAAAAUGGAGAUGCCAGUAAAUGUAUGAGCUCUCAAUAUCCCCGCUCUCCCAUUUCUUCUGAUGAAAUAAGGAAAUGUAUCUGAACUUGUUUUAGCACUUUAGUCCCAUGUCAUAAAGUUUUGUACCCUGACAUUUUUGGAAUGUGUGACCUCUUCUGGAAUCCCCUUCUUUCCCCACUCUCUGUUACGGUUUAACUACACUUUGUUUUCCAUUAAUCACUAAGGAUGAACCAAAGAAAUGAAGAUCUUUUUGUACAGUUGAGAUUUUAAAAGAUCUGUUGUAUUAAUUCCAAACUGGAUAUUGAAAACCUCCAUAUAAUAAGAACCUCCAUUUUGUACUAAGCCACUGAUUAGUUGUGUAACUUUCAUUUUCUUAUUGUGGUCUGAGAAACAGUUUUUGCUUUCUGAUUAGCUUUAACUGAAUGAUAACACCAUUUAGCUGCCAAGAAUGUUAAUGAAACAAAUGCUGGCACUGCAUAGUAAGUAAAUGGUUAGGCCUUGUCAAAAAUGAAAUAUAUUUUUUAGCAAUUAAGUCGAGAGCAAAGAGAUUACUUGAAACAUUGGUGGAAAACACUUGUGGAUGAAAUUGCAACACUUUGCUGCUUUUUAUUUCAAAAUGUCCUACUCUUGCUUCAGUAAGUAAUCUUUUUUCCUUUAAAAAAAAUUAAAAUAAUGAAAAUAGAUUAUCAGAUGGGUUAUGUACAAUGCAACUUAUCCAGCCUUCUGCACUUUGUCUCUUACAAGCCCUAAUCUUAAGUAAUUGACUUCCCUAAUGCAAUAUCAAAAUUCCAGCCUUCUUUUGAUUCUACUUUGGUCUUUAUUUCCUUAACUUUUUAAAUCCUUCAGCUAAAUUUCACUGAGUGUUCUUCUCAACUUGCCUUAUUUGUCUUACUCCUUUCAUCAUGUUCUUGAGCGAUUUGUGUGCCACCUGAGAAGACCAUUCUUUGUACAGCUCUCCACUUUGUGAUACCUCUGGUUUCUGUACCUUUUAACACUUGUGUCUUCCUGGCUCCAUUUCUCCUUUGGAACGUUAGUUUUGCAUGCUCCAUAAUGUCAAAUAGUGCUACGAGAUGUAGGUUGUAAAUGAUCUUAACUUGUUCCUGAAGAAGUAUUAAUCUUCAAAGGGUGGGAUUGUCACACUCAAGUUGACAGUCAACCAUAUCAGAUGAAAUGAGGUGGAAAUUUGUAGUUGAAUUAUAAUCUGGCAAGGCACUGUAGCACAAACCUCUGUUCAAAUCCGACAAUCUUGCAGGUAGACCAGAGCAACACAUUUCAGGUUUGUCAUUGGUGAGCACAUCACCGAUAAGUGUGCACUUUUUCUUAUAGGAUAAUAACACCAGUAUGUUCAAGCCUGAUUAAAAUAAUAAAUAUGGACAUACAAAAGCCCAUGGUCUGAAGUGCUCGUGUUGCAUAUGGACUCUUCUUCUGUGGCUCACACUCUGUUUAUAUUGAGAUUUGAAGCUAGACAAGUUUUUGUAUCACUUUACAUGCAAAGAGUGCAAAAUAUUUUUGUAUGUUUAAACAUGACCUAAUCAUGCUGAUAGCUAUUAAAGGCCAUUGGCUGGAUAUUAAUACCUUUGUUAUUACUUGAUGAAUGGAGGCAGUGUUUUUUAAAUGAUGUAUUUUGAAAUUUAUUUACAAAUGCCAAAACCCAAACAAAGUUGGAUCUUCAAGAGAAGAAUAAAUGAAAAAAAAACUGAACUAACUCUUCUCUGUCAUAUUUUAUAUUGUAGUGUACAUUGCUAAUUAAAUAUGUAUUUUGGAGCAAAGUGAAUCUUGGUUACUGCUGAGAUAACCUGGUAUACUUCCCCUGAACACUAGAAUAUCACCAAACCAUAUUUGUGGUGAUCAAGCAAUGAUUGUCAGUGCAGGGCACCUUAAUUAUGUUCUACGAUAAUGAAGUCUCUGUUGGCUCCAUAGGUGAUGGGUUUUUGACCAGCCAAAAAUGGAUCACAUUCUCAAUACAUUUAGGACAUAAGUCAACUGCUGUACCCACUGUAAGGAAGGAUAAUCACUGGAUUUUGAGAUAAGUCCUUUCAUUGUUAAUAUGAAAGAGAACACAAGUUUUGAUGGGCAUAUAAUCUCAUUAAUCUUUUAGGACCACAUACUAUUUAAUGUUGAAAGGUUUGCAUUCAGUGAGAGUUAAGGUAACUUUCUACUAAAAAUAGAAAUUAUAAGUGAUAGAUUUGAAGGAAAUAUGAAUUUGCCAUUUUAAUUUUUGAAAAGUAGAUCUGAAUAUAGAGUUGGAGGAUUUGCACUUAAAGUCACUUAUCACAUCCUAAGAUAAUAAGCUCUAGGCCCAUAAAUUGCACAAGCAGGAAUGUGAAAUAAGACUAUCUUCUGCAGAUAUCAAGAUUAGUCAAACCAGCAACAUUCUGAUUUUUGCCUGAUCAGGCAAUGCAUUUAGUCAUGAGAGAAUAUCUUACUGCUUUCCUCUAACACUGAUAAUGUGGUUAUUACCCCAUUGUCAAUAUUUGGGGGUUACUUUUGAUCAAAUAUUGAAGUUAGCUGACUACAUCAAUGUCCUGAUUUUUUUUCUCUCUCUAUAGGCAGUGGAAAACUAUUGAACCUAGGGCAAAUACAUUCAGGAUCAAUAAGUUUAAAAGAAAUCUGGAAAGUGCUUGCUGUUCCUUCUAAACAUGUUGAGGAUGCAGAUAGUAGGUCCACUUUCCAAGGGGAAGUCACAAUUACGACUUAUGCAGUGAGGUUUGUGUUCAAUUUAUUAAACUGUCAAUAAACCUAAAGAAAACGUAUUUCUUGUUGCAAGAAAAAUUAUAAAAGACCAUAAGACAUAGGAGCAGUUAGUCCAUUUGGCCCAUCAUGGCUGAUCCAUUUUUCCUCUCACCCCCAAUCUUCUGCCUUCACCCUGUAUCCCUUCAUGCCCUGACUAAUCAAGAAUCUAUCAAACUCCACCUUAAAUGUUGAAUCUUUGUGGGUUGAGUUAAGAAACGGCAAGGGUAAAAGAACCUUGAAAGAAGUUAUAUACAGGCCUCCCAACAGUAGCUGGGAUGUAGACCACAAAUUGCAACCAGAAAUAGAAAAGGUGUGUCAAAAAAGCAAAGUUGUGAUAGCCAUGGGAGAUUUUAACAUUCAGGUCAAUUGGGAAAAUCAGGUUGGUAAUGGAUCUCAAGAGAAUGAGUUUGUUGAAUGCCUACUAGAUGGCUUUUUAGAGCAAUUUGUUGUAAGCCUACUGGAGGAUCAGCUAUACUGUAUCAAGUGUUAUGUAACUGAACCAGAGGUGAUUAAGGAGCUUAAGGUAAAAGCUCUUGGGAGCUAGUGCUCACAAUAUGAUUGAGUUCAAUUUGGAUAUUGAUAGGGAGAAUGUAAAGUCUGAAGUAGUUGUAUUUCAGCAAAGUAAAGAAAAUUACAGUGGUAUGAGAGAGGAGUCGGCCAAAGUAAAUUGGAAGGAGCUGCUGGCAGGGAUGACAGCAGAGCAGCAAUGGUGUGAGUUUCUGGGGGUGGGGGGAAUGAGGAAGGUUCAGGAUAGAUGUAUUCCAAAAAUAAAUAAUUAAAUGCCAAAAUAAUACAUCUAUAGCUGACAAGGGGUUCAAAGCUAACAAAAGAGAGGGCAUACAAUAAAGCAAAAAUUAGCAGGAAGAUACAGGAUUGGGAAGCUUUAAAACACCUACAGAGGGCAACUAAAAGAAUCAUUAGAAGGGAAAAGAUGAAAUAUGAAAGCAACUAGCAAACAAUAUCAAAUAUAAAAGCUUUUUCAAGUAUGUAAAAAAAAAACAAACAAACAUGAGAGUGGAUACAGGACCGCUAGAAAAUGAGACUGGAGAAAUAAUAAUGGAGGACAAGGGGGUGACAGAUGAAAUAAAUCAGUAUUUUGCAUCAGUCUUUACUGUGGAAGAUGCUAGCAAUUUGUAAUUAUCAGCUAGUGACCCUUGUGUCAGUGGUAGGGAAGAUGCUGAAUGUGUAAGUGCAUUUGGAAAGGAAUAGCCCACUUAAGGACAGUCAGCAUAGCUUUGUGCAGGGUAAGUCAUGUCUUAAAAACUUGAUCAAGCUUUUUGAGGAAGUGACAAAGGAGAUUGUUGAGGGUAAGUUAGUAGGCAUUAUCUACAUGGACUUUAGCAAGGCUUUUAAUAAGGUACCUUCAUGGUAGGUUGAUUCACAAGAUAAAUACCCAUGGCAUCCACAAUGGAUUGAAAGUUUGGAUUCAGAAUUGUCUUUCCCAUAGAAGACAAAGUAAGAGUAGAAGGUUGUUAUUCUGGCUGGAGAUCUGUGACCAGUGGUGUUCCACAAGGAUCUGUGCUGGAACAUGUGCUUUUGAUGUCUGAGGCCUCUGAUGUUCGGGGUCGACCAUGGAUGUUGCAUCCUAGCUGUCUCGAUGUGCAAAGCCAGGACAGUAUGACGUGGAGAACAAGCUGUUGCCCAUGUAGCAAGCUCCCCUCUCUAUGCAUCUGAUGAACCCAAAGGAAUGGCAGAGACUGACACAGUUUGGCAACACUAGCAUUGCAGGAGUUGCCAGUCAGGGUUGAACUCAACAUAGGACCUCUGUAGGAAUUUUUCCCUCAGGGUUUAGUCCCAAAGCCUUCCCCAUAAGUGGCAGAGGAGGCUUGAGAUAAGAUAAUUCUUGAUGAAUUGCCAACCAUGGCUGAUGACCCUCAUCUACCCAAAACAACUGGCUUUAAGGUGCCAGUAGCUCACUUUUGCCUCUUCUGUCAGUAGAAAUGGUUCUGCCAUGCUUAGUAGCCUAGCCACACAUGAAGGCCAAGAGCUAGAUUUGGUUGUCAGAGGCUGUUUGAGAUACAUGCCAUUGGGAUCAUUUAAUAGGUAAUGGGAGCUUACAGUAUCCUCAUUAACACCUUAAACUAUAACAAACCUAAGGGUAUAAAUGAUUUGGAUGAAAAUGUAGAAGAGUGGAUUAGCAAACUUGCAGGUGAUGCCAAUGUUGGUGGUCUUGCAGACAGUGUAAAGGACUAUCCGAGAGCACAGCAGGAUAUAGACACUGGCAGAGAAGUGGCAGGUAACAUUUAAUCCAGACAAGUGUGUGAUGUUGUGCUUUGGAAAGUCAAAUGAAUGGAAAAAGUAUACAGUUAAUGUUAGACCCUUUUACUAGCUUUGAGGUACAGAAGAAUCUUGGUGUCCAGGUCCAUAGUUCACUGAUAGUGGAUAAAGUAGCAAAGAAGGCGUAUGGCAUGCUUGCCUUCAUUAAGAGUAAGUAAAGCCUCAGCUAUGAAAAUUUUGGUUAAACCAUACUUGGAGUACAGUUUGUGUUCUGGCUGCGCCGUUACUACAGGGGUGUGGAAUGGGUACAGAAAAGAUUUAUCAGGAUUCUGCCUGGAUUAGAGAGAGAGUGAGCUAUAAGGAAAGGUUGGACAAACUUGGGUUAGUCUCCCUAGACUGUUGGAGGUGAGGGGAGAUGUCAAUAAAAGUUUUUUUAAAUCAUGAGCGCAUAGAUAGGGUUGUUACUUUUUGUGCCGGGUGGCAUUUUUGCCAUUUCUGUAGCAUCUGGCUGCCUUUUACAGGUCCGAGUUGCUAGCUGCGAGUGCAGAUGGAAAGAGUGUAAGGAGCCAACUGGACUUGAACUCGGGACUAUUUGGCUCCGUUCAAUGCUGAUACCACUAUACCACUGGCCAGCCUACAGAUAGGUGGUGGUCAGAAUCUUUUCCUCAGGCUAGAAAUUCAGCCCUUCUUGUAGUGUAAUCCAGGCCCUGCCCAUGCUCCACUGCAUAGUUCUGUAUGUGGAUAUUGCCCAAGUACAUGUCAAAUUUCCUCUUGCAAUCUGGUUCUACUGCUCCCCUCCCCUAUACUGACCUCCUAAGUGGUGUGUGCCAGUUCUACGAAAACUUUUAGGUUUAUAUUUGAACAUCUGGCUAGAUUAGCAAGACUUUUGUUGAAACACCAUGCAAAGGACUUCAUUAGCCAACUCAAAAUAUACAUCAUUUCCUAAUGUGGGAAAAGCAACAUAAAUCAGGUAAUUGGAUUGCUGCCAUUUGUAAAUGAAGUCCUGCGCGAAUCUCAAAAGGUAAGCACUGAGUUUCGGGGGGCGUUCAGAAGCAGUUUCGACAGCGUGUGAGUGUGAAGGACUUGUGCCUAAAGCAAAUGCUGCGACAAUUCAGCUUAAGGUGAUAACUUAAUCUGCCAAGCUUGAAUAAUAUUCUCCAAACUACAACGAAGUCAGGAGAACCAAUGAUGCAAAUGUAUGUCGCAGAGGAUGAUUAUGUUCAACAUAAGAAUCCAUUUAAUUGAGCAGAAUAAAUAAAUUACUGCAGAUUUGGUCAUGGAAAUAGUGGAAGUCAAUAGGUUAGUAUUUAAAAUAAUACACAAUGCAGAAAAGAGGAACUCUUAAUUAUUGCUCAGUUGAGUAUCAAACACUGAACAAGCCUGAAAAGCUUCACUGUAGUAUCUGACAGCUGAAGAGGGCAUUGUGGAGAUUCGACAGGAUAUUAUCUAGACUGGAGAUCCUUGGUUAUGCGGAGAGACUGAAUAGGUGUAGUUUGUCUUCCCUAGACUGAAGGAAGCUGAGGGCCAAUCCAAAGGAGUUGUAUAAAAUUAUGAGAGGCAUAGACGGAAUAGUUGGUAAGAAUCUACUUCCCAUGGUGGGAGCAUCAAAAAGAUAAAGAUACUUUAUUGAUCCUAAAGGAAAUUACAGUGUCACAGUAGCAUUAGAAGUGCACAGAUACACAAAUAUUAGAAGAGAUGUAAGAAAGAAUGAAAAAUAAGUUAGCACAAACUGCUUAGGAGGUAGUUAUCACCUCCCCGGCUACAGGUUGACUCAUUAUAGAGCCUAAUGGCUAAGGGUAAGAAUGACCUCAUGUAGCACUCUUCGGAGCAACGCGGUUGACUUAGUCUGUUACUGAAAGUGCUUCUCUAUUCAGCCAAGGUGGCAUGCAGAGGGUGAGAAACAUUGUCCAGAAUUGCCAGGAUUUUUGGUAGUGUCCUUUGUUGUACCACAGCCUCUAGUGUGUCCAGUUUGUCUCCUGUAACAAAGCCAGCCUUUCUAAUCAGUUUAUUGAGCCUGCUGGCAUCACCCAUGUUGAUGCCAUUGCCCCAGCACACCACUGCAUAGAAGAUUGUACUGGCAACAACAGACUGGUAGAACAUGUGAAGGAGAGGCCUGCAUACUCCAAAGGCCCUCAGUCUCCUCAGGAAGUAGAGGUCACUCUGGCCCUUCUUAUGCACAGCAGCUGCAUUGGUUCUCCAUUCAGGUUUGUCAUCCAGGUGCACCCCCAGGUACUUGUAGGUCCUCACCACAUCCACGUCCUCAACAGCAACAGGCUUAGUCUUCCUAAAGUCCAUCACCAUCUCCUUGAAUGGCAGAUGGUUCAGCUUGCACCAUUUGAUUGAAAAAAAAACAAGUGAGCAAAGAUUUAAAGUGAGAAGGAGGAGGUCUAGAAGAAAUCAGAGGGGAAAAUCUUCACACACAUAGUGCUUGAUACCUAGAACACUGCCUGGGAACUAGUUCACUCUUCCUGCUCUGUUACAGGAGUAUACUAUAGGUUCAGCCAUGCUGAAUUCAGAAGUUUAAAUUUAUUUGGUUUAAAAUACACAUGUCUGCUAGAGAUAGUAUUUGGUUUUGUACUAAUUCCCUAUAAUUCUUUCCUUUAGCCUACCAGAAAUUGUUGGAAGAACAGUCACUGAAGCACACUGUUGAGAGGAAUGACCUCUAACUUGCUGAGUCCCUAUACACUUCUAUCUCCCAUAAAAAAGGACUUAAAGCUCUCCACUGCUUUCUCAACAAAAGACCCUACCAGUUCCCCGCCACCGUCACCCUCCUCUAUCUGGAAGGAUGGUCCUCGCCCUCAAUAAUCUCUCUUUUGGCUCCUCCUACUUUUUCCAAACUCAAGGGGUAGCCAUGGGUGUAUUUUGGGAAACCAGAAUACUCAGGGGAAACACACUGUCACCAGGAGAACAUGCAAACUCCACACAGGCAGCUCCAGAGGUCAGGGUUGAACCCAAUUGCUGGAAUUGUCUACAAGUUGGUGUAACUGGGGCAUCCAAAUGAUAAGAAAAAUGUUUGAAUAACAUGAAGUAAUUAUGUUUUAAAUUACUGCAUUGCGUAUUUUUGUGACUUUGACACAGAGCACAGAACCAUUUAACUUGGGAGAAUUGUAUUUCUGUAAGUACUCCACUAAAUGUGAAUCUUGUAGAGCAAAGAAUCUUAAAUUGUCACUGACAUUCAAAAACUUUUAAAAACUCUUAAAAGUUAAAUAAAGAAUUAAUUAAAUUGAUUAUUUUUAAGCUUAAAAAUGUGUCAAAAGUUAUGAAUGUUAAUCUGUCUCCGAGAGAUUUCUGUGCUUUGUUCUAUUAAAAGCUGCCUAGUGAACUAAUGUAAAUUGGAAAGUCACUUGCAUGAGUUCCCAACGUAGGGUCCAUGGACCCUUGCUUAAUGGCAUAAAAGAGUUUGGGAACUCCUGCACUACAGUGAAUUAUUGAUAUAUAUAUUUUUAUCAUAUUUCUUCCAUGUGCUUCUUGCUGUGUGAACUGUGUGAAAGCAAGUUAUUGGAUCUGAAUUUCCCUACAAGGAAGAGUAUUGGCAGCAGAUGGACUCCUGGCUCGCUCAGCAGGGAAAUAUUGGCUUGUUUGUGGACAGAGGGCCAGCAGGACUGCACUUGAAUACAGAAGCAUGAACUCGAUAGGCUGUGUGGUGUCUUUCCAUACUGUAAGCUUUCUAGGAUUCCCUAACACUGGGAUUAAAUCUUUCAUGUAGGACCACACUUAUGAAGAAUGUCUUUCAAGUGCCAUUUUAAGACUCCUUGAAGUGUAACUCCGACUUAAAAGACUUUUUACGUCUGAUAGGUCUGUCGUUGGUUGAGAUUGCAGUGAACCAGUGUUAGUUUCUCCGUUCAUUAGUUAAAACACAAACAUCUUGACAGUGGAAUUGUACAUACACAGCAAUCUAAACAAUGCAUGGGGAUUAGCUAAGACCAGGACUACAAGAUGUGGGAUUCAUGUCCUCUUAUGCCUUACCCUGGCAGAAAAGAUUUGUCAAAAAUACACCUUAAAGCAGCAAGGAAGCUGUUUACAUUUGGGAAAAUAUGCUGAGACAGAACCAAUAGGAUCCAUCACCAUCGCUGCAUCUGUGGGACUAUGUAUAGAACAGUUGGCAAACUUUGAUGGAGUGAACCCUAACAGCAGCCAUUAAUGUGUUGUAUAACAGUGUGCAUGAAGCCGAGGGAAAAGCCAGGGGAACGUGGUGGUCCUUGGUCCUGGUGGAAUCCCACGCUGCAAGUCACCUCGUGCCACAAUACAGGACAAUUGGUGAGGCAAGCUGCUUUGAUGGUCAUAAAGCUGAAAGGUCAGAAACAGUUGUGGAGUGGGGAAAUGCUUGGGUAAGUAUUUUUGACAAGUGGAACAUGACCCUCUACUUUGAUCAAAGCUUUUAUUUAUAUGAGGAAAGAGACUCCUUAGUUUUUUCAGUAUGAGAUAAAGUUAUUGUGACUACUCAACAAAGAUUGUAGAUUGCAACUUUGAGACCUAACUUAGGAAGGGCGAAAAUGAUCAUUGCACAAAUAAUGAUGUUUUUAGCCAUGUGACUUAUGCAGGAUAAUGUCAAAUGUAGAAUAAAUAGCUCACAGAUGUGCUGGGUCCAGGUUCUCAAUGGGAACCAUUUCACCCAGAAAUGAUCUCUUGUAUGAUCUACCCUGGAUUAAAUCACAUUUAUGCAUGAUGUACACAUUCAAAACAGACACUCAUUGAAUCAUUUUCUAUGUGGGUAAGUCGAUGAUCAGCUUUACUGAAGCUGCUCCUACAAAUACCACCAAGAAAUGAAGAGUUGGUAUUUUAAAUCCAGCUGCUAAAGUGACUAAAAUAGCAUCUUGAGGAAAGAUGUAAAUAUUUGUGAUGUAAAUUUUGUUUUAAGUGGUGUUCUGUUUCGAUAGUAAGUUUGUUAGUUUCUGUGACAAGUGUGUUAAUAGUUAUGGACAAAGUACAAUGAUCUAAGUUGCAUAAGACAAGCUUGUGAGGUUGGAUCCUGUUUAACUGUUCUAUAUUUAAAGGUAGACAGAAUAAGCUUCCAUUAAAUGCAAUAUUAUACUUUGCAUACUCCUACUGAGCCGCUAAUACGUUACAGUAACAAGGGACACUCCUUCCCUUUAUUGAAAAGUGCUGAUAGGAAGGUUGUGAAGGACAUUAAUAGAAUCCAAGCUUGAUAGUUCUAUAAGCUCAAUUUACAACCUGUCAUGGAAAUGUGAAGCCUUUGUUGACAAACCCUGAUGUAUUUUAGCUUUAUUUUGUGCCGUUAAUGUGUCUUGCCAAAACUUUGUUUUAAUCAAACCAUUAUGUAAUUUUCUCUAUUACUUCUUUUCAAGGUAAUGGUGCCAUGUGUUAGAUUUAUCUAGUAAAAGUUUGCCUGGGAUCUUCCUGACAAUUCGAGAACACAAAGCUGUCCUGCAUUGUGAUGCAGUGUCCUGCAUUGUGAACCACUAGAUAGAGAGAAUGUCUAUCUAUUUCUAUCUAUUGGCACUUAUGAUCUGAAACACUCCCUGUUGUCUUAACAAUGAUGGAGUUACAAUGAACACAGCAUAGUGGCUAGUGCAACGCUUUACAGUACCAGCCAUCUGAGUUUAGUUCCCGCCGCUGCCUGUAAGGGGUUUGUCCGUUCUCCCGUGACCACGUGGGUUUCCUCUGGGUGCUCCCGUUUCCUCCCACGCUACCAGUUGGGAGAGAAACUGGUCAUUGUAAAUUGUCUCGUGAUUAGGGUAGGGUUAGACCGAGUGUUGCUGGGUGGCAUGGCUUAAAGGACUGAAAAGCCUUACUUGGUGCUGUGUCUGAAUUUAUUUUUUUUUAAUUUGAUGUAUCUAAGCAAGCUACGCCAAUAAGAAGGGAUUUUAAGGUAUAGUGAGAGAAAGUUAUGAAAAGAGGCCCUUCGACUCACCAAAUCUUUACUGAUCACCAGGCAUCCAUUUUUUUCCACUAAUCCUACACUGAUUUUUAAAUUCUUCUCACUCUCCAUCAAAUGCCCUGGGAAUCAAAAGCCUACAUUCCAGGGAUAACUAAUGGUGGCCAUUUAACUUGCCAACCCACACGUUCAGGAUGUGGGAGGAAAUGUAUGCAGAAAGACCAUGCAAAUUCAGCCCAGACAGUGCUGAAGGUCAGGACUGAACCGGUGUGACUGGAAUUGUGAGGCAGCAGAUCUGCCAUCUGUGCCAUUGCUCCACCCAAUAAACAAUAAUAUCCAAAUAAAUUAGAGUGUUGUUCCAUGUCCUUGAUCCCUGACUCUAUGAUGUGUUUUUGCAUUUGCUGCACCAUUAUCUUUGCUGCAAGAAAUUAAUUAUGAGGACUUACAAACUUUUUGACGGAGUUUUGGCUGGUGAUUAUUUCUAAUCUUAUGCUGCUGGAACAUGAAGGAAAACUGUUCUUAUUUUAAUGCAUCAUUAAGAAAUAUAAUAAUAUUAGUCCAAAUUUUGAUGAGGUAAAUCCCUAUUAGAAGUGGUUGAUUGGCUUUAAAAAUUAAGGGAGCACAAAGAAAGCCCAAUUGUUCUUUCUUUUGACCAGCGCAGUAUUAAUUUGAAUAAUGAGUCCUGAUGGUAUUUCAAAGGCAGAGGAGGAGGAGAAGCAAGUUAAUAGUUCAAAGCAAUGCACAGAAAAUGCUGGAGGAACUCAAGUCGGGCAGCAUCUAUGGAAAUGAAUAAACAGUCGGCCUUUUGGGCCGAGACAUUUAUUUGGGACUGCAAAGGAAGAGGCAGAUGCCAGAAUAUAAGGGUGGGGGAAGGGGGUGGAGGCUUGCUUGAAGGUGAUAGGUGAGGCCAGGUGGGUGGGAGAGUUCAAGGGGUGGAGAAGAAGGGAUGUGAUAGAAGAGGAGAGUGGACCAUGGGUGAAAGGGAAGGAGGAGAGGUCCCAGGAGGAGUGAUAGGCAGGUGAGAAGAGGUAAAAGGCCAGAGUGAGGAAAUUGGUGCGGGGAGGGUACUGUACCUGAAGUAGCACAUAACUAAUAUCAUGGUUAUGUAGUACCCCAUACCAAGUAGAUUAAUUCAGUUUCUUUGUAUUGUUCAAGUUGCUAACACUUACUGUAUGUGCAUGCCAAGUUCUGGGUUGCAAAGUGUUUCCAGAUCCCUUCCACCACAGCACUUUGCAGUCUCAAUCCAUUCAAGCAACGGUCUGCUUAAUUACAUUUCCUGCCCAAGUAUUCCCCACAUUUGCCAAGUUUAUGCCCACUCACUUCAUGUCCCUUUGUGGACCCGAUAUCUUCCUCAGAACUCGCUUUCUUGCCUAUCACUGAGGCACCAGAAAAUGAUGAUAUAACAAGUUUGGUCCUUUAUCACA